UCCCGCAUGCCGCGUUCAAGCUGACCGCGAGGGUGGCGGAGAUACGUGGAUACGUGCGGUGGAUCAUGUGCGGACGAGCGUGCGGACAGCUGACGACUUCACUCGCGAGCCCGACGCGAGAUUCCGUGCGCCGAGACGCCGGUAAGUCGAACGCGGCCCCGGACGCCCGCGCCGGUCGGAGCGGAUCCGUCGUUCGUUGAGAGAUACCGCGCCGCGUGUAUACGUGUACUACAUCCCCCGAUACGUCCCGACAUCCCGACUGCGUCGCCGCGAGUUCCACGCGUGAUUUGAACGCGGUAUGCCUAUAAAGGACGAUGCCUCAGCCACGCGAUCGCUACUCGCUCGAGGAUAUGUAGGAUGUAGUUUCACGCACAACAACGGCCUAACAUGCUUAACGUGGGUGCGAUUGGCGAAGCUACUCGAAGUUACGGUUAGUUGCUCGCCAAUUUUAGCAGUAGCCAAAGUACUUUCCGUCCUGAAUGCCUAUAUUUCAAUGUCCUGUAUAUGCAUCGAAAAUAAAACGCUGGUGUAGUCGGACGUGCACUCGAAGUAACUUCGAGACGUCGCGUCGGUAGACAGAAAUAUUUUCGUGUAAAAGCUGGGGCACCGAGAGAAGUGAGAGUAAUUUUUGGCCUACAUCCAUUUCAAUUCUUAAUGUCACGUGAUCACCGGCGGGAGCGUCUUGAACGUUGUCACGUGACUCCCAAUCGACGAACCGGCCGGCCGUAUUCGAGAUUCGAGCCGACGUCCGUUUUUCGUGGUUUUUGGCACGCGUAUCGUACCGUCGGCGUCGUCAGAUUUAGCGCGAUUCCGCAUUCGAAUGUGUCGCGUCAGUGAACGUAUAAUAGCGGUGAACUUCGCCCGUCGUCCCCGCUCGCGGUCGCGCUCGCGCGCAACUUCAAAAUGCUCCGCCAGCGAGGCGUGAGGUUAUGACGUUGCGCUCAAGGAUGCACCCCGUCGCACCUGUUCGCUUCUGCGUCGUCUCGUCAGCGGCGGACAACGUUCCCUGCCGAUCCUGUGAAAGGAAGCACGCGGAAGAGGGAGGAAUGAGGAGAUUCACCCGGUGACCUCGUGCCGCGCGCGGUGAUGCUACUGGCAAACGGUGCCUCUAUACCGACCAUCGCUGGCGCUGUCGAGGAGGAGGAGGAGUACGCACGCAGCGAGGCGAACAGCGUGCAGUAUGAUGGAUACGUUACUGAUCACACCGAUCUGGCCUCGGAGGUCGAUAUCGACGAGUCCGAGUACAGGCGGGAGUUGCUUAAUGACAAAUGGCGCAUGCUCUUCGACAAGUUUGAUCCGGAGGGUUUUGGAGAGAUACCGCUGGAGGACUUUCUGGCAGCCUUGAGAAGCCCCGAAUGGAAGGCGGAGAUACCGACGAACAAACGUGACAUACUUCUAACCAGGGCGAAAGAGUCGCGUGUUGAGGCAGUAACUUUCCAGGACUUCGUCAAUGUGAUGAGUGGAAAACGGACCAGAAGUUUUAAGUGCGCCGUGCACCAUCGGGACCGUGAGAUCUGUUCCGAGAACGAUUUUCACCUGCUCGUGCAUGAGCCGCCUCUGUUUCGCAGGAUGGUCCGCAUGAUCGGCGAUGAAUUCCUCACGGAGGAGCGGGACCGAAAGUACUACGCCGAUCACUACACAUGCUGCCCACCACCUCUCUUCAUCAUCCUCAUCACCCUCGUGGAGCUUGGUUUCUUCACGUAUUACACAGUGGCGAUGGGUGAGGUAAAUCCCUCCGGGCCGGUGCCGAUCGACAGUGUCUUCAUUUACAGACCGGACAAGCGGCUCGAGCUUUGGAGGUUCGCUUUCUACAUGUUCCUGCACGCUGGGUGGCUUCACCUGCUGUUUAACCUGGGGGUACAGGUGGUCGUGGGACUUCCCUUGGAAAUGGUUCACGGAAGCCUGAGGAUCGCCGCGGUUUACAUGGCCGGGGUUCUUGCCGGCUCGUUGGGCACGUCGGUAUUCGACACGGACGUGUAUCUCGUCGGGGCAAGCGGGGGCGUUUACGCCCUUCUGGCGGCGCAUCUAGCCAACGUCCUCCUCAACUACAACAAUAUGGAGUUCGGGAUAGUUCGGCUCAUCGGCAUCUUCGUCAUUGCCAGCGCCGACGUGGGCUUCGCGAUCUACGACAGGUACGCCGCGGAGCAGAUGGGCCCGCCGGUGUCGUACGUCGCCCAUCUGACGGGCGCCCUGGCGGGCCUAACAAUCGGCCUCUUGGUACUGAAGAACUUCGAGCAGCGGCUACACGAGCAGUUACUCUGGUGGGUUGCCUUGGGCGUCUACGCCGCCUGCACGAUCUUCGCGAUCAUGUACAAUCUGAUGCACCCCGACUAUCCAUGACGCGAGAUCAGCUUCGCGUACGGCCAGCCGAGGCACACGUAACGCGAAGCUGAUCGCCCUUGGAAGAAAAAGAAGAGGAAGAAACGAAGGAAAGGACGGGAGACGCCGUCAUCGUCGAGCAACGUCGAGGGAGAUUUUCAAGUAUCGCGGACUCUCGAUGGCACGCUGAACCGUGAGCUAAAUCGUUCCCGAAGCACCGAAGGUGAAGGAUACGUAAGGAACGAGAGUUACGCGACGGGGUCGUCGGCAGUCGUUUUUCUCAAAGAACGUGACUUCGAUCUCCUUCCGCGCGAAAAGGAUCGCUAAUAGUUUCGUAGUAUAUAUUUUCUUCCAAGCCGGCCUGUUUGCGCGCGACAGUCGAGAGACGCGACAGAGCGCUUGUCGAAAAGAAGCGAGAAACGAGCGAGGGAAUGUAAUAUAUUAUCGAUUAAAAAUUCUAAUGAAGGAAAGAAAUUCGAAUGGAAGCGAUAGUGAUCAGUAAAAGCAAACGCGAUGCACUUCCGGAAAAAGACAGGAGCAAGGAGGAAGAAAAAAUUUUGCGAAUGUCCUCAUUAAACGUUUCAUCUUUGCUGUUCGAUAAAGCAGUCCGCGUUCGUCCCGUCAUCCCGCGAAAGGUUCUUAAACGCAACGUCAGGUCUACUUCAUCACGGCGGAAUGCGGGCGGAUUUUGUGAGCGGUUUAAUCAUUAAAAAAGAACAACUGUUAGGCCCGCAUACUUCUGCCAUCAGCGGGACAACGAAACGUUAUUGUUGCAAGAUGAGCAUCCUGAACCACGAUAAAAUGUCUUCGCGUGUCGACGGAACAGCGUACGGGAAGGUUACGGAUAAUAUUCUUCCUCGUCGGUUUACGGGAAAGAGGAAGUCGCGUGAUCGCGAGACUAGUCGUUCAAUCCCGUCGUCGCGCAUUCUUCCGUAUUCUGAAGAAAAACCAAAGAAUCAAGCUGGAUCACGAGGUCGGUCGGCCACUCGGAAAACGCAAAAUCCUUCAGGAAGGAGGCAUUUCUAUCCGAACCUGAACAAGCUGCAAGGGGAAUUCUCUCUUAUGGCAUUCGUUUAUUUCCGCGUAAUGCUGGCCGCAGUCGUCCUCGGAAAAACCAAAGAAUCAUACUCGACUGUGUGGACAAACGCUCACUGUCCUUUGUCGCGUUGUUGAAGACAUUUCUUUGCUCGGAGACGAGAAAAAGAAAGAAAAAGAAGAGGAAGAUGAUGAUAGAAAGAGUGAGAGGGAAAGAAAUUGGACAACAGCGAAGUAAAGCAACAGAAGAGGUAAAGAGGAAACGGGAGGACUUAAUGGAUCCUUCGCGGUCGAUGAAACAUUGUACAAAUGACCGCGACGGAGAGGUACGAAGAUGAUGUGAAACAAAAACCGCGGUCGAGAAAAUUGGUAACCAUCGACGUUCCUCUCGAAACCCUCUCGAAACAUUCGACUCGCGAGACGAAUUCGUGGACGUGGACGGAAACGUAGAAGAGCGGAAUGCGUCGAGUUUGAUGAUGAAGAGCUCGUGCCGGUGGGAGAUUUUUUCGAUCGAGAUGAAUGAUUAGCCGCGAAGAAAUUCUACAGAGGAGAGAGCAGAUUGCUAAUUGAUCACUAAUUCGACGAUAGUGCGUAGAAUACCGCUAAUCGAAUCGCGCAAAUAAUUGUGAAGUAUUCAUGGAAAACGAUGUGAGUAUUGUUUAUGAAAUAUAUAUACAAUAAUAAUCGUUUUUUUUAUAUACAUUAUUAUAUCUGCUGGAAGAUCCAUUUGUGUAGUGGAGACGCUCCGAGUUGCCACGAAGCUCUCCUAAAUUAAUUAGAAUUAUUUCGUAUUUCUCAAACUUUUGUAAUCGUUUGGCGUUACUACUGUUUUCUAUAGAUGCUUCACAAAUGUGCACAAUUAUCGAGUUUAUGUAUUAUUCUUUAUAAUGUGUGUGAUUUCGCGAAGAAUUCAUGAACCAACACGAAAAUCGCAACAAAAAUUCGCUGAUAUUCGGACAUACAUUAUCGCGCAUAGAUAGAUCGAUCAUAGGAAUGCAGAUUCUCCAAGUCAUAAAAAAUUCAUCCAAAUAGCCGUUGCAUAUUUUCCGUGUCAUUGUAUUACAUUACAAAGUCUUGCGCAAAAAAUUAAAAAAAGGAAGACACUUUCAACUUUGCGCUCGCGAAAAUCAAAUCACGCCUACGAACGCAAUAUCGUCGAAACGCGUACUGUAUCAUUGUAAAGAAACACUAUUUAAUAUUGCAGAAAGAUAAUAUUUCGAGAUAAGCAUUGGGACUAUCAAUUGUGUACAUAAAUCAAACAGCAUUUACGCUUCGUAUCGUCGCGCAUUGCCGUUCGCGCGAUUGUGAUUUUCGCGAGAGCACUCACGGAGCUUUCUACAUGAUGGAUGUAAUAAUGCGCAAUGCAACGGCGAUCAAGCCUAUGACAAAACAACACUCGACCGAUCCUGUCGGUCGGUUUUCAGUCGCUAGUCCGCGCUUUCGAUAACGACCGCUCGUUAACGUUCUCGCAAAAUCCCCCUGACGGCGCAUCUGCCUACGCGCGCGAUCAUUAACGCGCAUUAAUUGUAAACCAUUGUAAAUACCUGUAUAUAGCAUAGAGAUUUUGUGUGUGUUUUUGCGUGUGUAUGGAAGCGUUUCACGCAAGUAAAGAGGAGGGAGGCGCGAGACAGAGCGAAGAAGGAAAAAAAAUGAGAAGAGGAAGGGAAGAAGAGAGUUCGAGUCGGGUCACAGUCUAGUCGUUUCGCGUCGUUGUCGUAAGUAUAUACAUAUACAAAUAUACAUAUUGUAUUUAAAUCGAUGAGAGAAAGAGAGAGAGAGAGAAAGAACCGCACAUUCUCGGGAGAGCACACGCUUAGUGUACAUAGUCACACGCGAGACAUAUGUUCCUCACCUUUAAUUUAUCAUCGUGUCAUCGUGUCUUCGGAAUCAGAUCGUACGAUUGCCGGCCGCGUGACGUGCGACCUAAACGACAACUGUACCGAUGAUGGUCGGUAUUCCGAUAAUGUUUAGCGUUUAUUCGCGGCUACUCGAUGAAUCGUCUAGACGGGCAUUUUCACCGCGCGUUUAACCGCAAAUAUAAUUGUUUAAUUUCCACCGAGAGGGGAUAUUUAUUUAGCCUAUUAUCUUCAUUACAGUAAACGAUUACAAAUUAAGUUAAUUAACUACAAAUUGCUUUCACAAUUACACAACCGCAUUCAAACCCUUUUGGAUUGUAUUAUGAUAUAAAUUCAUAAAAAAUACAUUUUUUAUAAUCUAUCACACAGGAAGACAAAGAUUAAUUUAUUUAUAAAAUUAUAAGAAAGUGAUGUAUCAAAGUAACUGAGAUUACGGAAGAGCUUUGUUCCCCGCAGAAUAUGGAAAGUCUAACUUUGCCUGACGGCUCAUUUAGCGUUGAAUGCGCGGUGACUGAUAAAGUCCAAAAUCGGAAGCUAAACGCGACGCUGAACAAAGUUCGAAUACUGCGAGCCAAAGUCUGUACAGUUAGUUUGGAUAGUGUCGCGGUAUGUGUCUCUCUAAAUGUUUAGUUGUAUAGGUUGCUCGUUUGUCGAGGUAGCCCGACGCACUGCCUAUUUUGUAAUACGACUUAGCGCCGUGCGCGCCUUUCGUUUCCUCAAAGUCCGCCGUUUAACGCGAUUCGCGUGUUAUAUAAAUCGCGUUAAAUGCCCACAUUUUUCUGCCUUUCUCGUGGAAAUACCGGAAGAGGGAAAAACACGUUUGAUUUCACGUAUGUGUUCUUGGGUAACAAUUAAUUAGCGAUUAUAUUAUCAUAUUCCUAGCGACGGCGCGCAAACCUAUAUUCCGCGAAAUCCUAUAUUUAUUUUUCGCAAAAGAAAAAAAGCGAACACACAGCUGUGUUGUUCACGAAUCCCACGUGUACGAAGUACCCAGUUCUUUCCGAUAUUUUUUGGGUCAUUUUCUCGGCUCUGGGAAACCCUACGCGAGUGCCACGAGGUGAAAUAUGUAAAAUCGUCAAUUAGUCGACGACUGAAAAUUAUUUUCCCAUACUUACGCGAUUUAGGGUAGCGCGUUUAACGUUCAGGAGAGGAAAAAAAGCUGGAAAUUCUGCCCGGUAGGUUUCUCCUUGUUUCGACGGGGAUCAAACUAAUGUAUUAUUAUUUAUGUUGCACUGGUUGUAGUGUAAUAAACGAUAACGUACGAUACCAAAUAAUACACAAGAUUUAGUAUGAAACAGUAAUAUAUUAUUAUAUUAUUUUUAUUAAUAUUAUUGUUAAUUGCUAUCGCAUCUUUCGUGGCACCAAGGAUGAAAGUAAUUUCUAGUGCUGGUAUAUGGCACGGCCGGCCUGAGUGGCGUAAGACGGAGAAGUAGUCUUCGAGAAGAGUAGCGGAAGGAGCUCCAAGAGGACGCGAAUCGAGCGCGAGCGAGAGAUCAAACGAGAGUAAUUAACGAUGCUAGUCAAUUAGUACCCGCGAAGGCAGCUAACGCCAGAUCCUAGCUUAAAGUAUGACGGCUAUGUAACUCGCUUUAAGACGGUGAAAGAAGGUCGAGAUACCGAUGACGCUGAGAAAGAAGGGUGACGUAAAGAAGAGAGAAAGAAUAGGAGGAGGUCGAGGGGUCUAAGGAGGUUUAAGGAGAACACUGAGAGAGCGAGAAGAGAGGACGUUGAAGAGCGCCCAAAAGGUGGUUGCUCAAAGAGUCGAGGAGACGAAGGAGAGCUUCGACGGUUGGCUGGCUAUGUCAGUCGACAAGUGUGUACUUGGCGGAAGAAUGCAAAAGGGGAGCAAAAAUGUCGGUUUUUAACAGCGAGCGGCCGUAUCGUGC